GAGAGUAAGGUGGGCGGACAUAGCCUUGGUUAUUGAUUAUCACCCAGUAUGGAAGAUUUAGCAACAAAAAACACAUGUAGAGGAGUAAAUAGGCAGUCCAAAACAGACGAAUCACUCCCUGCUGCUGCACGCAGUGUUGACUCACGCUGCGGAUCCUGUCUGAGAAGCGUCCAGCUCUGGGUACCUGUGGACUACAAGAAUGAAACAGUUCAGCUUUUAAAACUGGCAGGACCCGUGAUGAUUUCACAGAUGAUGAGCUUCCUGAUUGGCUUCGUCAGCAUGGUGUUCUGCGGUCACCUUGGGAAAUCGGAGCUGGCGGGGGUGGCGUUAGCGAUAGCGGUAAUAAAUGUCACAGGUAUCUCCAUUGGCUGUGGUUUGGCAUCAGCAUGUGAUACUCUCAUAUCUCAGACUUAUGGGAGUGGUAACUUAAAGCGUGUUGGAGUGAUACUCCAGAGGGGAGUUUUGAUUCUGCUCUUGGCCUGUUUCCCCUGCUGGGCCUUGCUUAUUAACACUCAGCCCAUUCUGCUGGCUGUCAGGCAGAGCGCAGAGGUGGCCAGCCUGUCCCAGCUGUAUGUGAAGAUCUUUAUGCCGGCUCUGCCAGCUGCCUUCAUGUACCAGCUGCAGGGGAGGUAUCUUCAGAAUCAGGGCAUCAUGUGGCCCCAGGUGAUAUCUGGAGCUGCAGGGAACAUUUUAAAUGUAAUAAUCAACUACGUAUUCCUUCACCGUCUGGAUCUGGGGGUCGCUGGAUCUGCAGCCGCCAAUGCCAUCUCGCAGUACUGCCUGGCUGUGUUCUUGUUUAUGUACAUCUGCUUCAGGGGACUGCACAAAGCCACAUGGGACGGCUGGUCAGGGGGCUGCCUGCAGGAAUGGGGUCCUUUCCUCCACCUGGCGCUCCCCAGCAUGCUGAUGCAUUGUCUGGAGUGGUGGCUGUACGAGAUUGCGGGGUUCCUGGCGGGCAUCAUCAGUGAGGUUGAGUUGGGAGCUCAGUCUAUAGUUUAUCAACUGGCUGCUAUCGCUUACAUGUUUCCAAUGGGGUUCGCUGUUGCUGCCAGUGUUCGGGUUGGAAAUGCUCUUGGUGCUGGGAACACAGAGCAAGCAAAGCUAUCCAGCAAGCUUUCCCUCAUUUGUGCAUCUAUUGUCUCUUGUUUCAUCGGAGCGUGUCUUGGUGUGUCGAAGGAUGUCAUUGGUUACAUUUUCACCACCGAGAAAGAAAUUAUUCAAAGGGUGGCAGAUGUCCUGAAGAUGUAUGGUUUCAUCCAUGUUGCUGAGGCCUUUGCGGGUGUGACUGGAGGUAUCGUCAGGGGGGCAGGGAAGCAGAAGAUUGGUGCUGUGUGCAACUUGGUGGGUUACUACUUCAUAGGGUUCCCCAUUGGAGUGUCUUUGAUGUUCCCUGUCAAGAUGGGCAUUGUAGGGCUGUGGUCGGGUUUUUUAAUCUGUGUUUUGAUACAGUCCGUGUUUUUUAUAAUUUUCCUGUGUAAACUAAACUGGAAGAAAGCAACUGAAGAGGCACUGGUAAGAGCAGGAGUCCACAUUACAGAUAGGAACAAGAUCUUGGGGAUAGAAAACAAAGCCCUGGACUCUGAUGAGAAAAUGGCCCACAUAAAGGACAGUCGAUCCAGUUCUUUGAGUCCGGCGGAGGGGAAGCUGGAAGCGCUGGCUGCAGGUCAGCAGACUCCAGAUGAUGAGACUCUGUCAGUCAGGCAGCUGGUGGUACGACGUGGCCUCGCUGUGCUGCUCAUGUUCAUCAUCCUCGCUGCUGGAGUCUUCAUCAGCGAGCUGCUCGUCAGACUGCUCAAAUUAGACGAGUGACCAUUAUAAGACCUCGUGUGCAGCAAUAAAACAAAGCUGCCUUCGAAGAUACAGAUGCGUUUUCAUGUUUAGCAGUAAAGGAAGGAGCAAAAACACAUAAAUAAACAAGUAGCAAAAUCAAACCUACAACAAAAUGUCUUCGGGUGUUUCAGUGGAUGACAGAGUCAAGGCAGCUUCCAUCUUCUAAAAUCCAUAAUCCCACUUUUGCAAAUCUUCUGACUAUUUAUUGUGCAUUUAACAUAGGAUAAUAUUUGCAUUACAAUGAAAGAUAGUGGACAACUAAAAGUGUGCCAUAACUGCAUUAAAUAAGUGGAAUUAUUCCAACUGAGUUGAUUUUGAAUGUUGCUUUAUUUCCUGUCAUUACUUUAUACUGAAGGGAUUGUCUUUAAAGUUGAAUCUAAUCGUAGUAAUAGUAUUUCAUUUCAGUUUUCCAACUCUUUCUUGCUCUAAUCGUGAUAAUAGUUCAAACCCAGUCACUUCUGCAGUUCUGACGUUAGUCAUGUUUUGGAAAAUCUAAUAAGAAACACGACUUCAACGAGGCAGCCAAUCAAAAUCUGAACUCUAAAAAAUACUGUAUAGGGAUGUCUUCUUUAUAUAGAAACAUGCUGCGUAAGAUGGGUUCCAAUCAAGACACUGACGAAAUAUAUGUUCUCAUUAUGAAAUAUAUGGUCUGAAUGGAUGCCGCAAUUAGAAAGAGCAUGAUUAUAUUCUAUAUUUAGGCUUCGGCACAUCUGUGGAUGUGUGCUUUCAUCAUCAAAGACAGAAAAGCUGCUUUUUUUUCUUUGGUUUAUUUUCCUGUCCUUUGAUCUGUGUUGCCAAAUUUGACAAUAAUGAAAGGUCUGUGCGCUCACACUGCGACGUGCUGGCUGAAUGAAGACAUGUCAAACGGAGCAAAUCAUCCACCUGUUCACUCUGAGUAGGAGCAGAUAACUAGCUAGCUCAGGCACCACAGUUAUAGCCAACUCAAAAAUAAAGAUUUCACCCUUCUUAACAGCACAUAAUUUGCCAUGUGUGAUUUUCUGAAAAACUAUUUAUAGCAGUGGUUCGACAUUUUGGGAAAUACGCUGAGAGGAUUGAUACCACUCAUUUCUGUCUCUGAAAUGUAAGGUUGUUUAGCUGGCACAAGGACUGGAAACGUGAAAGCAGCUUACAAAUUUCCCCUCCCAGCUUCUCUUUUCUCUCUAGAACUCACUGAUUCACAAGUUAUGUGAAUUAGAGUAGUCUUUACUGGUAGAGCAACUGAUUGCUGGCAGUAGCCUCAUAUUGACCGUACAGACUUGACAAUAGAAUUGAUCUUCUCAUCGAACGCUAUAUAAUGAUAAUACUGUGUAGGGCUGA